AUGGCCAUGGCUCCGCGGAAGGGCACGCGACGGGCAUGUGACCCUUGUUCUGUCAGAAAAGUCCGCUGCGACGGCAACCAGCCCUGCGCCAGGUGCGAGGCUGCCAAGUGGGACUGCACCUAUCUCAAAACCCAUGGAAAGAGCGGGCCCAAGGGCCCCCGCCGCACCACCGAAGCUGCCAUCCGCCGCCUGCAGGAGCGCAGCAAGACCAGCCACCAUGGCUCGCGGAGCGCCAGCGAGACGAGCCGUGAGACGGGGAGCCCAGUCAACGAGCUGCCCUAUCUGACCCCGCUGCCUCAUGUGGGCGAUGCCAACCUGGACCCCAAAGGCUGA